AUGGCAACGGAAUGCCCAACAGAGCCCGAUUUAAAUGCAACUAAAGUUCCAACAAUUUGCCGUGACAAUGAGCCACAUAAAACACAUAGACGUAAACGAUUGCGCCGUUUAGCCGAUGAUAAUACACAGACGACUAAUAAAAAUGUUAGUAAAUGUAAACGCAUUCUUGUAUUCAUCGGCCUCUUUACAUUUACCGUUGCUCUCUUAAUGGGUCACUACUAUACACAAAAUAACUCUAAUACCAAACAAAUAUUAAAAGAGUUCCUUAAAAAUUAUCGAAAUCAAUAUACUCAAAUUAUUCAUGGAAAACAAAAUUAUUGUGAUCAAAAACAAGUUUUGGCUACACCAUCCUUAUUCGAACGCAUCCGUCAAUAUGGCAUUUUGAAUCAGGAAAAAUCGUUGCAACAAAUUGAUGUUGCGCUGCGAAACGAGAGUGAUUUAAAUGCCAUUGCUUUGGUGGGUCCCGUCGGUGUGGGUAAAAGUCUAUUUAUGCGAGCAAUGAUGGAGAAUUUUCCCUGGCAGGAAAAUGUACAGAGUUAUGCUUGGAACGCGUAUGUGGAAGAUGACGAAGAAAGGCUACGUCUGUUGCGUUUGUUGAUUGACAACCUCUCAGAUUGUGGACAAAAUCUUUUGGUUAUAGAGAAUUUGUGGCCCAGUGAUCAAGCGGCUGUAUCGAUAGUGAAUCAACUAGUAAGAGAAUCGAUUGAGAAACAACAAAAACGUGUUGUUGUAUUCUAUGUAUUUAGUUUAAAUACAAUGUUGAGCACAGAUAAAUAUAAGGAACAACAACAAGUGUUGGACUUGUUAACCGAUACUCAUGUCAUCAACUUUAACACAUUCGGAGAAAAUGAACUGAAAGACUGCAUAACCAGAGAAGCUGAAAUGACCGGCUUUAAAUUAAGUCCUCAACAUUUUGACGAAAUUGUUGCCACAAUUGAACCCAAAAAAUCUGGAUGUAAAAACGUCCACGCCAAGGUACUGAUGUACGGUACUGCUACAACUACUACGAAAUCCAAAGACCACUUGUAA